AUUUGACAUGUGUGUGAUUUUCGGCUGAUCGGCCAGUGUUUAUAUUAAAUUUUUGCAAUCGGUCUAGGAUUCCACUCUCGAAAUGAGCUCGAGAAACUCUGCAUUAGCAUCAUUAACCGCAACAUACACAGACUCAGAAAAUGAAGAGGAACACAGCGACGAGAAUAGCCCGGAAACCGAAAGUUCAGCAGAUUCACAACAACGCCCGUCAUCCAAUAGAUCAUACACUCCCGUGCGAAACAGCCCCGAACCGCAACCUCCAGAACAGCAACCAAAAUCUUCUGCGAACAAGGCCCUUCGUCUCGUGAGUUACAACGACGAUAACGCCGUAUCAGAUGACGAGAACACCUCCCCAAACCGCGACACAAUCGCGAUGGAAAUCUCAGAAGAAGACGACGCUCCAGACAAAACUGAGGAACCGCCGGUCAAAGAGAAUUUGACCGACAAGUACGCGCACUAUGGCUUCUCGCUACCUCCAGAACCGAAAGGGAAAGUUCCACAAGAACUCCAGGAUAAAAUUCAGCAAUUCUACGAUAAAAUGCGCAACUCGAAUAUGGAUAUGAAUAAGAUUAUUCAGGAACGGAAGGAUUUCCGUAAUCCAAGCAUUUACGAGAAGUUGAUUAGCUAUUGUGACAUUAACGAGUUUGGGACGAACUAUCCGCCGGAAAUUUACGACCCGCUGCAAUGGGGACCGGAGUCUUAUUAUGAGGAGCUGGCCAAGGCGCAGAAGACUGAAAUGGCGAAACGCCAGAAGGAGAGGAAAGAGGGCGACAAGGCGGAUCAAGCUGCCGCUGCUGCCAAGAAAGCCGAGGAGGAAGCUAAGAAGAGGAAAUCUAAGUGGGAUCAGCCGGCGCCAACUGCCCAAUCAGUGGCUAAGACGAAUAUUCCUCCCCCAACGUUGACUUCAAAUGUCACUGGCACAAAGGGUACAGUCAUAUCCGCGUUCGGGUCGCUUCCGAAGAAAGUGAAUAUGUAAAUGGGAUUUACCGUGAUUUCUUUAAAUAUAAGAGUUUUAUUUUAGUUUAUUAUAA